GUAGAACCGCGGAAGAGAUUGUUCGUAGAGUUGUAACGUCGAUUGCCUUGUAAAUGGAAAUGGCGUCUUUUCCGACCACGUCAUUAACGUCCGGCUCCUUAAGAAUAUUAUUUUAUGUCUUUAUUUUAGAGUUAUUAUUAAUUCAGCCAUUAAACGCGGUGUCAGAGCCGGGGAAAUGGAUCUUGAAGGUGGACAGUGACAUGAUCACGAAUAAGGAAAACUAUUUCCUUUUCUCGAAGACGAUGUUCAACAACACAAUCAUUGAACUGAAAUGGUCCUCUCACUGUCCAGAUGUCAAUGUCUCUUUCUCUGUAUCCUGGGUCCUGCGUAGCUCACGCUGUUAUGAUGAAAUUUUCACUAGUGAUCUCACUAAAUACUUCAGCUCUGUCAGCGUCGAGCAGGAGGGGGGUACAGGCUCGUACAUCCGUCAUGAAUACAAUCCUAUCCUGUGUCCAUCCCAGUCCAGCGCCAUGGCGGUACGUGGGUCUUUUGCGGUGGAGAAUUUUGAUGUUCCAAUAAGGCUUAAGGAAGGAAAGCCACAGGCUACAGUGAACAAUGUGAGACACAGGAGAGAAGCAGAAAAUAAAAAGGCUGAGGGGAGCCUGAAGGAGCCAGAGAAAAAGGCUGAAACAGGUGCAGAGAACAAAGACACGGCAAAGGUGCCUAAACCACCUGAGAAGGCCGCACAACCUAAGAAUGCCGCCAUACCAUCUGAGAAGGUCGCACCAGCAGAGAAGGUCGCACCAGCAGAGAAGGUCGCACCAGCAGAGAAGGUCGCACCUGCAGAGAAGGUCGCAUCAGCAGAGAAGGUCGCACCAGCAGAGAAGGUUGCAUCAGCAGACUCCAACAAGCCCCACUACGCUGUGGCACGCACCUGGGAGGACGCGCCCUACAUGUUCAUCCUGCGCAUCACCACGGAUAUCACGGAGAAGAACGACAAAGCCAAGUGGAACGCUGAAUUUGAGAUCCGCAUGCGAGGACCCCAUGACUAUGUCUCAGCCACAGAGUGGCCUCUCAUGAUAUUCUACAUGGUUAUGUGCAUCAUCUACGUGGUGCUGGGAGUGCUGUGGUUGGGGCUGUCCGCCUGCUACUGGAGGGACCUGCUGCGCAUCCAGUUCUGGAUCGGAGGGGUCAUCUUCCUGGGCAUGCUGGAGAAGGCCGUCUUCUACGCCGAGUUCCAGAGCAUCCGCUACGAUGGCCUGUCAGUGCAGGGAGCUGUGCUGUUUGCGGAGGUGCUGUCUGCUGUGAAGAGAACGUUGGCUCGGGUCCUCGUCAUCAUCGCCAGUCUGGGCUAUGGCAUUGUCAAGCCUCGGUUGGGUGCGCUCCUGCACAGGGUGGUCGGCGUGGGGAUGCUCUACCUCGUCUUCUCCGUGGUGGAGGGAGCGCUGCGGGUCAACUCGGAGCAGGGCGAGUCCAGCCGUCUGCUGUGUGACGUAGUGCUGGCCGUCACUGACUCCUGCAUAGUGUGGUGGAUCUUCAUCAGUCUGGCCCAGACCAUGAAGCUGCUACGCCUGCGGAGGAACGUGGUGAAGCUCUCGCUGUACCGACACUUCACCAACACGCUCAUCUUCGCCGUCAUCGCCUCCGUGAUCUUUAUCGUAUGGACUACCAACAACUUCAAGUUCUCCAAAUGCCAGUCCGACUGGCGAGAGCUGUGGAUAGACGAUGCCUUCUGGCGCUUCCUCUUCUCCACCAUCCUGCUGGUCAUCAUGUUCCUCUGGAGGCCGUCCGCCAACAACCAGCGGUACGCCUUCAGCCCUUUGGUGGACGAGGAGAGUGAUGAGGAAGAGAAGGAGCAGCUGGUCAACGAAGCCUUUGAGGGGGUGAAAAUGAGAGGAAUGAAAGCAGAGACAAAUGGAACUGCCAAGCCCAAUAAAGUGGACGAGGAUCUGAAGUGGGUGGAGGAGAAUAUCCCCUCGUCCAUGGCUGACGUUGCAUUGCCCCCUUUGCUGGAUUCCGAUGAGGAGACCAUGGCAACAAAAUUUGAGAUGUCGAAAAUGGAGUAGGAUGCAGACGUUGCUGUACGUAAUGUAAAUACUGAUAUGUGUGUGUAUGUGUGCACACAUCCAUGUGGGAGAUGGAGAGUGUGUGUGUGUGUGUGUGCACAAAUGUGUGUGCCCGUGUGGGAGAUAUUUGUGUGUGCCCGCGUGUGUGUGAGCGUAUGUGUGUAUGUAUGGUUUGUGUGUGCACGCGUGUGUGUGAGCGUAUGUGUGUAUGUAUGGUUGUUUCUUUUACGCACUCUUAUGUAAAUACAGCUGAAUGAAGGCAAUGUGAAUUACCAAUGAGACAAACGUUGGUUUUCUUUUAAUUGCUUGAGUGUAUUUAUUUUUUCACAGACACUAUUCUGUUCUCUUAAUAAUUUUGUUACAGACUGUAUUAUGCCUUCGACUGUUGUUUACAUAUCUGGAGUCAAUAAAACAUCACAUAUGGCUGUAACCGAUGUGAUAAAGAAACAA